UAUAUAAAAGCUUACUCUUAUCCAUCUUCUCCUUCGAUAGUCGCUUCCUUUUCCUCAACGCAGAAGGUCGACCAGUGUUGGGAAUGGUAUCCUUCGUGUCGACUGUGGCUCCCUGCUUGGUUGCGUUGGCUCCAUUGCUGUCGUCCAGUGGUGCUCCGAGAUGUUUGAUCUCUCGCCGUUCUCAGAGCACGAUCAGUUGCAAAAGUGGAGGUGAAUUUGAAGAUACGGAUAACGUAUCGCGACGUCAUGUUCUGCAUUGCUUUGGUGUCACCGUUGGUGUGGACUUGAUGACAAGAUCCAGUUCAUUGAUUGAAGCAGCUCAUGCUGCUGACUUGAUACAGCGCGGACAACGUUCAGAGUUUCAGUCAAAAAUCAAGGCCACCCUUGCUACAAGACUGAAGGAACGUCCAGAACUAAUAUCGCCUGUACUAACUCUAGCUCUCAAUGAUGCUAUAACUUAUGAUAAGGCAACAAAAACAGGAGGCCCAAAUGGAUCAAUACGGUUUAGUUCAGAGAUCAACCGACCAGAAAAUAAAAACUUAGCCGUUGCUUUAAAUUUUUUGGAAGAAGCAAAGAAGGAAAUAGACUCAUAUUCCAAAGGUGGACCCAUAACUUAUGCAGAUCUCGUACAUUUUGCAGGUCAAAUUGCAGUUAAAUCCACCUUCCUGGCCUCAGCCAUUAGGAAAUGUGGGGGCAAUGAGGAGAAAGGAACCUUUCUAUACGGUGCAUAUGGUUCAAGCGGUCAGUGGGCACUUUUCGACAAGCAGUUUGGCAGGUCGGAUGCUGAAGAACCAGAUCCAGAAGGCAGGGUUCCUCAGUGGGACAAAGCUAGCGUUGCUGAGAUGAAAAAUAAAUUCUCUGCUGUUGGCUUUGGCCCGCGCCAGCUAGCUGUCAUGUCUGCAUUCUUGGGCCCUGAUCAAGCUGCAACCGAGGCAUUACUAGCUUCGGACCCUGAAGUGUUUCCGUGGGUUCAGAAAUACCAGCGUAGCCGUGAAACAGUAUCGCAAACGGAUUAUGAGGUGGAUCUCAUCACCACUCUGACGAAAUUGAGUUCCUUAGGACAGAAAAUCAACUACGAGGCAUAUACAUAUCCUGUCCAAAAAGUUGACUUCAAAAAGAUGAAAUUGUAGAUUCUCAUCAGGACUCAUUUAUGCUGUUCAUCCUCGCAGUUUUGGAAUUUGUCAGUAAGUAAUAUAUAUAUAUAUAUAUGCUGUAUGUAUAUAUGUCUAUAUGUAAUAUAGAGAAUGAGACCUGUUCUGAGUCUUCUAAACUCUAUUGCUCAGAUAUAUUUUUUUUGUAAUAAUUAUGUGGUGUUGUUAAUUGUAUUACAGCACUAAACUCGUGCACCCUAAUCCUGUCACCGUUAAUUAAGAUUAUAAUUAUAUAAUUCAAAUAA